AGCAAAACUAUGUAUCAAAGAUAAGUUCUGAUGAUCAAAAUGUCGGGUAUCUCUGUGUCUGCAGCUUUGAAAGACCAGCUGCAAACUUUGUGCUUGAGAUCCUUCCCAUGUGGCUCUGGGAGCUGGGUAAUUAAUCACACUUACUAAGUGUUUCUAUGUUCAUGUAUUAGAGGAAUUCAUUACACAUAUAGAGGGGUUCAGUAAUGUAGUUGUUUGACUGCUGAUACUUACAAAGAAUAUGUUUUAAUGCAUUGCACAAAUUAAUAUGUUAUAUUACAUUUUUAAUCAAGACAUUGAUUUGCCCAGUAUUAAUGAAACCUUGUCAGAAUUGUUAACAGGAUCACAUUUGUAACUCUUAAAAUAUGCAGAAAAAUAUUUUUCUCAUUAUGAAAAUGUGAUUUAUAUUAGCAGUGUAAUGGUAAGAAAAAAAUAAUACAAAGACAAUACUGUAUAUCAUUAAACAAAUUUUCCUUUAAGAUUGUUUCCCCAUUUUAAACUACUUAAUGGGAGCACGAUCUUAAAGCCAAUACUUAAUCAUUGUUUUUAGCAGGCUUUAUUAAUAUCAGACAUCAAUGACAAAUCCUCCCAUCAGACAUCAAAUUUGCAUAGAUAAUGAACGGCAUCACAUAAUUGUCUAAGACAAAUUAAUCAUAAAAAAUGUGCAAAUAAAAUGUCUGUAAAAUCAAUAUUAAAAAACAUGAUUUAAAAAAAAUGGGGGAAAAAACACAUGAAUCUUCAUUGGCUACAAAGGCUAGUACUGCAGCUGGUACGGAGGGAAAAUAAUUGGGAAAAAAUAAAUAAAUAAAAUUUCUAUAUAUUUUUUACACUAGCCCAUUUACCAUUGGUUGGUGGAAAGUCUUCUCUGUGCAAAGUUGUUUACUAGUUAUUCUCUUAAUCCAUUCUUCUGACUCCUCCGUGCUUGUAGACUGUGUCUUUAAUAUUUUGGGUACUUGAGGUAGCAAUAUGUAUUACUGUUCUUACUAUUGUAUUAUGUAAUUAUCUUUCAGAUAAAGAUUGUUAAAAAAAAAAAAAAAAAACAUGAUUGAUAUGAUUCACACACAGGUUAUCCAAAGAUAUUCAAUGAUAUACAUUCCAAAUAGCUGAAAAAGUAUAACUAAGUAUAUAGUGUAGUGAGUUAUAAUAGCUAUUCCUCCACCUGCUUUGUUACAUUUGGGGGUCUGUUUUUACAGAGACCCCUAAAGUUGAUAUCCCCAUUUUCAUGUGCUUCAUUCUAGGGAUGAAGCUAAAAGUAGUUUUAUUUAUGUGAAGGUCACCCUUGUACUGCUUAAUUCCUUCUUCUGCUCCCACCAUUACAUGUGGUUGCCAUUUCUCCUCUUGAAUUCCGUAGAAAAAUAUAAUGUAAAAUGUUAAAUAAUUCAGAUCCAGGAAUUUGUCUCUUCCUAUUUUAAUGUUAUCUUGGCUGCACAUUUUUUUAUUUAAACUUUUUUUAUUACUUUCUAGGCACAUUCCUAUUUGAAAAAUGGCAAGUCUAUCUCAGUUGACCCACUAUUGGAAAUGGGAAACGACCCACAACGUGAAAGUCUGGAUGACUUGAAUGAUCUUGUAACCUGUGAUUGCUCUCCCUGGAAGUUGGAGGAUGGCUGUAGUCCUGAGAUCCAUCAUCUGAGACUGUUGGCCAUAAAAUGUCCUGAAAACAUCACUGACCAGUUUGUCUAUUCAUACUUUACAUCACUGAGGGUGGUAGAUAAAGAGGUGAGUUGAUUAACAUGCUAAUAGCAAAUGAGGAAAACUUUCAUCUGGGUUUCCUUAAAAAAAAAUACAAUCCCCCUUUAUAAUAUAUAGGAUUCAUCUAAUGCACUUUUAUUUUAAUUUAUCUACUUAUCAUAAUCAUUAUCCUUAUCAUUCUUAUUACAUUUUAAGAAAUGUGAAGUAACAGCUUUUUCUGCACAUUUUGAAGAUGUAAAAGUUGAGAGCCAACUAGACCUGCAGUUAUUUAAUAUGUGUGUGCAAGUUGUUAAAUGUGCUCGAGUUUGCAGUUGUUGGAGCUGUUGUUCCAUGCUGGCUGGUCGCAUGGAACAGCAGCUCCAACAACUUUCUGACUUUUAAGCUUAAAAAACUGAACUCUUGAACCUACCAGAUGACCUAAUGCGGUGGGCCAGCACAUGAGGAAGCACUGGACCUGGGGAGAGGCUUGCAAUUAAUGUUUUAGUCCCUCGGAGAGAUAUACAUCGUUCCUUCUGGAUGAGGCCUACUUGGGCGGUGAUUGAGGCGGACAGCCGCUGCCCCGGUAUCCAGCCGGACUCCCUCAGCUGGGCGGGUAGGUUUUUUCCGUGCAGUGAGUCUUUGGAUUGAGAAUACCAUGACUCUCAGACAAGUGAAUAGUGAAAAAAGAUGUAUCCUAAAGCAUCUUGAAUGUAGGUACCACUAACCAUCCUAGAGUUAUUAAUCUCAGCGUGGAUUGUAAAGAAAUCAAAGUUAAAUUACAAUUUUAGGAGAAAAUAAAUAGAUUACAAAACUUCUUAAAGUCAGCCAUGUUUUCAUUAUGGCUAUUUUGAUCUUAAAAAAAAUAUAACACUUUAGUUAAUGUGACAAAGUGCCCUUCGCCACUUGUGCCUGGAGAUGACUAUUUGCCAGCCUCCUGCCAUGUGACUAUGGUCCCUGGGAGACUUUACCAGUUAAAAACACUACUUGGACUUAUUAGUGUUUAAAAGACUGUUCUGGCCCUUUAAAUGGAACAGGCACAAUUCUACAAUCUUUACUAUGGCCCUUCGGAUUCAGCUGAGGUGCCGAAGUGGCCGCCACGUGUUCGAAUGUCGAAUGGCCAUUUUAAUUCACCUUCCCUGGAACUAACUCAUUCGACAAUUCGAAUGCACGGCGUUCGACAAUUCGAAUGGUUGCCAUUCGCCAAUUUGAACUAUAUUUAACAUGGUAAAUAGACGGGCCCAUUUUAAUUCAGCUGAAGUUUUACCUUCCCUGGAACUAACUCAUUCGACAAUUCGAAUGCACGCCGUUCGACAAUUCGAAUGGUUGCCAUUCGCCAAUUUGAACUAUAUUUAACAUGGUAAAUAGACGGGCCGCACAGCCUGAUUCUCUGGAACUGUAUUGGGCAUUAAAAUGUGAGUGCGGUCGGUCAAAAUAUGACUUCCAGCUAACCCCCAAACGGCUGAACGGAUUCGAAUGAUUUUUGGAUAUGUUUGUUCCCUAUGUAUGCUGAUUUAUGUAAAUGUGAUGUAUAAUGUUAAAGUUAUAGAAAGUGUGUAAAAUGUGUGUACGGUUAAUUAUGUUAUCUCUCAUGCUAAAGAGGGGAUGUGUGGGAUGUAACCAGUUGUGGACUGGAUAAUUCUUAAUUGCCUGUGGGUGUCUCCCUUGCAUUGGAGAAUUGCAUAAAAGCAGAGUCUGUGUCAUUAAACCCUAGACCCUUCCUUUCUUGAAACCUUGGCUCAUGCUUGGGGGGAUGGGAUAACUACACUCUGGGGAUUGCUAUAAUCACACUAUACUCCCCAGGGUAAGCUCUUGUAAGAGCUGUUCUUGUUCCUGCUUAACCCUCAAUCUAGAGUCUUGUCUCUUAUUGGGGGAAUUGCUAUAUCACUACAAGGGAUUGCUAUGCUCUGCAUGCUCCCUUGGCUAAUCAACUCUAAGCUCUUUUUUUAGAGCUAGUUCCUGCUUCGCUCUCUUGGAGGAGAGGUUCACCCACUGGAACCUGGAGCCUUGUCGUAGGUCCAGGGUGGGUAGGAGAUGGUGAGACCCCAACCAAGCUACGGUGGUUCGUGGGGUCUGUGGUGGUUGUGGUGUCUGGCGGAGCGCUUUGAGCCCUCGGGAAGCGCUAGGAGCAUCUAGUAACGGAGGUACACAGUCGGGGUGCCAGGUGGUCCGUUACAGUUAAUAACCAUUUAAAUCUCCUAUUCAUAAUUCCCAAACCCACAUGACCCUAAUCAGUCAUUAUCCCUAAGACUUCCUAUUUCUAAGAGUGUGAAAUCAGUACUGCAGUUGGUUGUAGAGGAAGCCAGUAGCACUGGUAGUAGUGGAGGCCACAAGAUACUGGUAGCAUCUAAAGGUGGGUCCAUGUACAGCAAGGAUGCUGUUUCUUACAUACUGGAAGAGUGCAAUGUUUGCUUUCCUGUAUAAGGUAAGCACAAGGAACUUCAUUUAGCUGCUACAAUGAGUAGGGCUUGCAUGUCUUUUUUAAAGGAUUGCUGCUGGUGUUAGUGCCAAGGAAAUGGCCUCGUGAGUUAAAAAUGUCAUUUGCUAUUUAUUAAUGAUUUGCACCCUUCUAUUUGUUUUUACUACUGUCCCUUGAAGGGGCAACUUUAGUCAGACCCAUGGAUUCUUCUGCAGUUUCUGAAAGGUACACAGUAAAAAGUAAGGACUGGAAGCUCGUUACUCAUGUGUUUUCCAAAUAAUUAAAUAAAUUGCUUAUACACAAGUGUAAUGCAUAAAUUAAACCUAUAUGUUUUUGUGGAUAAAAGAGCACUUUUAUGUUGUAAACAACACAUAUUUUUAAUACACUUGCCAUUUGUUAAAAAAAACAUAUUUGCAUUUCAGAGCCCCUUAGUACUCUGGAUGUAUAUUAACAACUAGCUGCAAUCUGCUGUUUUGGCUUGUAUUCGAUUAGCAGCUUUUCUCCAAUGAAGUCAGGCCAUUCUCUGCAAAAUGCAUGAGAAUGAGAAUUGCACGAGAUGCGAACUUUGUUAGGGUAGAACAGAAGGUUCAUCGUGGAAGUAGAAUUAAAGGAUCACUAUAGGGUCAGGGACACGAACAUGUAUUCCUGACCCUAUAGUGCUAAUCCCACCAUAUAGGUGGCUUGCCCCCCUAUAAAAGUUUAAAACUCACCUUAUUUCCAGCGCCGCGUGGGUCCGCCGGCACUGGCUCCGGCCCCUUUGUGACAUCAUCAAAAUGGCAGAUUUUUAGCCAAUUCAAUGCUUUCAAUGGAUUGGCUAAAAUCGGCACGGUGGCGGGGCCAAAUGCCAUUUUGCCCCAUCAGGACCUCCUCAUAGAGAUGCAUUGAAUCAAUGAAUCUCUAUGAGGAAAAUUCAACGUCUCCCUGCAGAGCGUGGGGACGCUGAACAUCAGGGCUGCUUACUGUGCAGCCCUGAGCCAGGAAGCCCCUCCAGUGGCCAGGGCUGGACUGGCCCACCGGGAUACCAGGAAAUUUCCUGGUGGGCAACGGCACCCGGGGCUGGGCUGACAGCCCUAAUCAGUGAUCAGGCUCCUGUAAUCCCGGCCGGCUAUAUGUGAGCUGUGCGGCCGCACAGGGCCCCAUGGGAGCAGGGGGAGCCAGGCGGCCGGCACAGCUCACACAUGGCUGGCCGGGAUCAUUAAAAAAAAAAAAAAAGAAUUGUGGCGGGGCGGAGCUAGCAUGCGGCAGGGCGGAGCUUGUGUGUGACUGUGUGUGUGUGUGACUGUCUGCCUGUGUGUGUGACUGUGUGUGUGACUGUCUGCCUGUGUGUGUGUGACUGUCUGUGUGUGUGACUGUGUGUGUAACUGUCUGCCUGUGUGUGUGGCUGUCUACCUGUGUGUGUGGCUGACUGCCUGUGUGUGUGUGACUGUCUGCCUGUGUGUGUGUGUGUGGCUGUCUGCCUGUGUGUGUGUGACUGUCUGCCUGUGUGUGCAUCUGCUAGUGAGAGAGCGAGCGAGCUUCUGUGUGUGUGUGUGUGCGCACAUCUGCUAGUGAGGGAGCCUCUGUCUGUGCACGCCUGCUAGUGAGUUUGUGUGUGUGUGUGCCUGCUAGUGAGUGAGCUUGCAUGUGUGUCAGUGAGCUUGUCUGUAGGGAUCAUAUGUGUGUGUGUGUGUGCGUGUUAGUGAGCUUGUCUGUAAGGAGCAUGGGUGUGUCGGAGCCUGUCUGUGGUGAGCAUGUGUGUACAGUGAGCUUGUCUGUAGCAAGCAUGUGUGUGAUCGUGAGCUUGCCUGUAGUGACCAUAUGUGUGUCAGUGAGCAUGUGUGUGUCAGUGAGCUUGUCUGUAGUGAAUCUGUGUGUUAGUGAACUCUUCUGUAGGGAGCAUGUGUGAGUCACUGGCAGUGUUUACAUGAAAAUGCCGGAAGGGAGCUAUUAGACUCACCAGAAUAACUACAUUAAGCUGUAGUUGUUCUGGUGACUACAAUGUUCCUUUAAAGGCAUUUUCCCUCUAAUUUAAUUUUUAUUGCGAAAACUAUUUCUACCCUAAUACAAUGAGUUUAGGCUAGGCAGCAGGCUUCUGCAAGCUUUGUACACAUGGUUUGCGGCUGGGUCCUUAGACUUUCACAACUAAUUUAUACAUAAAGUUGGGCAAGAAGGAGAUGAGUUAAAUCACUGCUACUUUUAAUAUUCACUACUUCGCUUUUAUUAUUAUAAUUAAUAUUUAUAAAGUGCCAACAAAUUCCGCAGCACUGUACAAUAUCGAUCGGUGUAUCCCCUAUUGUGCUUUGAACUUGUUUGUGCAACAAAUCAGCUAUUUAACCACUGUACACAUUUGGCUUUCAAGAGUUGUAACACAAGUUUAUAGAAGUAAUUUGUUUUCCUCAUCAUUGAUUAUUGCCAUUUUUUACUCUUCUACAGGUGAGUGACGUGGAUGAACACCUGCUCAGAUUCCAUAAUUUAAAAGAACUGGUUUUAAGUGUCAAUAAAAUAAAAACUGUACAUUCAUCUAAUCUUCCAAGGACAUUAAAGGUGAUUAUCUGACAUUUUUGUAAUUGUUACUGCAGAAAUUGUUGCAGUAAAUGGAGAAAUUUAAAUCACCUUUAUUAAUCCUCUACAUUUUGAAUAGGUGCUGGAGCUCUGUUCAAAUCAGAUUUCAAGCUUGAAGGAACUGAGUACAAACCCUCCUCCCACACUACAACAUCUGGGCCUCGCUUAUAAUAAGAUUCAAUGUUCCUCUGAAAACAUGUACUUAACAGCAGAGCAGUGGUAGGUAUAACAUUGUGAUUGUUAGUAUUACUAUAAACUCUUUUAAAAGUAAUAUAUAGGCUACAAAAUGUAUAUUUUUAAUGCAGAAUCCCUUCCUAGCUGUCUAAAUUAAUUUACUUUAAAGGAACACUACAACGUUAGGUAUCAUGGUUAUAAACAACCCAACAUGCAGUAUAUAAAUUCACCAGAGAAACCUAGGCAGGUAUACCGAUCCUUAGAGUGGCUGUGUUAAACGAGCAUACUAGGUAACAGAUAGGAAGGUCAAAACAAGUUAAGGUCAAAGGGAAAUCAGGGUACAGGUAUAUUAGAGACAAAGCCCGUCGGGGAUUUCUGAAAUCAGAAUAGUCAGGGAAGUAAAAAAAAAAAAAACAGAAUAAACAAGAGAAUAAUAUAAAUGUGCUACUGGGACACUAAAGAUCCACAACAGGGCACUGUGCACUUGCCAAAUCACAUUUUUAUAGGCUGUGGCUGUAAUUAUGGUAACCACACCCCCAAUACUUAAGACAGCUGUGAAAAUGACGCAAAUCAGCACCAGUUAGGUCAUGACUCCAGGGCGUGUGCAUUGCAUCAUUAAAAUGAAUUUGAACACAGCUGCUAGGUCAAAUGAGGGAGCAGGAACUGGGGAGAUGGCGGUCCGCUGGAUCGGUGUGUCAUGUGAUCUGCGUGCCUCUAGGUUAAGAAGUGGCAUGCUGACAUUAGGGAAUUACAAAUGUGUAGCCAUUUAGAUGACCUGCCCUCCCUCUGAGUGAAAAGGUAGUUUACUCUAUGUAACCCUCUGAUAGAAAUAGCAGAAUUUUACUCCUAUUUCUGUUGAAACACCUAGUGGCUCUAGAGUAAUUUAAACCUUGCACUGUAAACAUUACCGCUCUGCAGGAACAGUAAUUUCUGUGGAAACUCCUCUAAUGGCUGUCAGAGUGACAACCACUAUGUGGCGAAACCGACCUCGCCACUGGGCAUUGUAGAAGACUGAUUGCCAGCCUCCUGCCAUGUGACUAUGGCCCCUGGGAUGUAUUGCCCUUUAAAGACAUGAUUUGGGCAUAAUGGAUUUGUGUUGUGCUGCUGCUGGCCCUUUAAGAACCAUCUGGGGACAUACUGUGGAGUUACUGGGUGGCCACCAUUUCCUGUAUCAGAGGCACAUGGUGAGAACAAUGGAUGAAGCACAUGGUAAGAACAAUGGAUGGCGGCCAUUUUAACUCACAGACACUGUUUGGACUUUUCAACACUGUGCCAUCUCGCCGGUAUUUGGUGCACAGAGACAUCGUGCAGUGGUUUUGGACUAUACAACAGGGGACACAUUAUACAGUAAUUGUUUUUCAUUUAGCCUGCAUAUGUUCUGUGGAAUCUGCAUUAAACUGUAUCUUCCAAAGUACUGAACGGAUCUGGGUGAAUUUUGGAUAUGUGGUUCACCCAGAUCCCCUGGUUCCAAGGAUAUACUUUUUAUGGGGUUAUUGAAUGUUUUGGGGUCCCUGUGAUGUGUUUUAUGAUACUGUAUUUCUCUGCCUGUGAUAAUUAGAUUAACCAUUGUGUUCAGUAAUCAUAUCACAGGCAGAGGGGAGGAUUUUGUGUGGGAGUGUCUGUGUGUAUUGUACAGAUUGAUUGGUUGUUCUGUAAAACCCUGUGGGCAGUACUAAGUUUGUGGAUUGGGAAUAAAAGAGGCUGUAUGUGCCAGUACAGUCAGUUCUGCUUGACCUCAAAACGAAGUGUCGUCUCGUUAUUGGGGGAAUUGGAUUGUAUGCUGAUUGCCAGGAGUGUAAGCUGAUUGUAUGCUUUUCCUGUUCAGCUGCUUACAGCAUUCAUAUGCUUGAGAGGAAGUGCUAGGAGCAUCCUUCAACGGAGGUACCCAGUCGGGGUGCCAGGUGAUCCGUUACACACUAUAUUACACAUUGUGUAAAUACGAAUCAUGGUUUAGUAGAUAUACCUCUGAUAAAAACUUUUUUAAUUGGGGGUAAAUCUAAAAACAGCUUUCAAAACCUGUAGUUCUCGUGUCUGCUGCAUACUGGAAUCCAUUCCCUCAGAAGAACGUCCACACUAUAUUAGACGACUAAUCUCAUCAGUGUUACCUACAAGACAAGUUAAGCACUUCUCUUUUGAUGGCAUAUAUAGGAUUAACAAAUCUCUACAAGCACCUUACAUUGCCUCCGUGAUGUUAUUCUACUAUGUCAGAUGCUAGCCAAAAGACAAGGCUUGAUGAAAGCACUUAAGGGAACGACACCUUAUAGGUUUGAGACUUGUAAUAUCACAUUUUUCGAAGACCUGAGCAGAUCCACGUUACCUUCGUGUAAAUCUAUGCAUUCAAUAGCCAAAACAUUUUAAACUGCAAGACUUGCAUGUUAAUGGUUCACUCCCAGGUCCAUAUGGGUUCUUAAAGACAGGAACUCAUAUAAGGCUUCUGAACCUACAGAAGGUUCAGCCUUUAUAGCAGCACUGGGCGUAGCAGACUACAUACCAGAAAUGCUGAGACCACCUUCCAACCAUUCAUAG